GUCGUGAUCGCACACAUGAUGCGCAUGACCCGGGCCGCGAUCAUCGCCCUGCUGGCCUCGCCCUACAUCGAGAUGGCCCGGCUCAAGGGCGAGCCGCGCUGGAAGGUCAUCGCCGUGCACGCGCUGCCGAACGCGCUGGCUCCCAUCAUCAACGUGGUCGCGCUGAACCUCGCCUAUCUGAUCACCGGCGUGGUGCUGGUGGAGAUCGUCUUCGUGUACCCGGGGGUCGGCCAGUUGCUGGUCGACAGCGUCACCAAGCGGGACUUCCCGGUGGUGCAGGCCUGCUGUCUGGUCUUCGCCGCCACCUACAUCCUGCUGAACCUGACUCGCCGACGUGGGGGCGAUUCUCUCCAACCCGCGGCUGCGGCAUCCGAAGUGAGGGCCACGUCAUGA